UCCUACUUGCAGUCAGUUUUCGCCAUGUUCCACGUGUAGAAUGUUGAGAACGACGAUAAAAGUAUGAAUAAAAGAAAAGCAGGCCGGAACAGUGGAAGGGGUCGAAGGCCAGGAAGAUUUUGCUUUUACAAGGAAGGGAAGGUGACGUGUAAGAAAUGUGACACGCUGGUACUGAGCACGUACGUGUAAAAUGGUUACGUAGAGAGAUUGCUGAGUUAAGGGGAUGCGAAGGAGAUAAGAAAUAUGUACACCGAAGAUAAAAGGAAGAAAGUGAAACGUGUCAGUUAUUAAGAGGUUUAGUGUGAUCGCAUAUUCAUGAGAAUUCUAUAAGGUAGCAUCGUGUGUGCACGAUAGUGGCCAGUAAUUGUUUCUAGUCAUUUUGUACAGACAUGUCUGCUGCAACCAUUCUGGUGACAGGUGGUGCAGGUUAUGUGGGUUCUCAUUCAGUGGUGCAACUACUCACUCAGGGUUUCAAGGUGGUGGUUGUUGAUAACCUAGUAAAUGCAUCUCAAGAAUGUCUGAAAAGAGUUGAGGAAAUAACAGGGAAAGAAGUCAUAAGCAUUCCUGUGGAUCUGUGUGACAAGGAUGAACUGGAUAAUGUAUUCACAAAAUACAAAAUCAACUGUGUGUUACAUUUUGCAGCACUGAAAGCUGUUGGAGAAUCUGUUUCUAUGCCUCUCAACUACUACAGAAAUAAUGUUGGUGGAUCAAUUACAUUGUUAGAGGUAAUGAAAGCGCACAAUGUGAAGAAGAUGGUUUAUUCUUCUUCUGCUACUGUGUAUGGAACACCUCAGAAACUUCCUCUCACAGAGGAUCACCCAACAGGUUUAGGAUGCACCAAUCCUUAUGGCAAAUCCAAGCACUUUGUUGAAGAGAUUCUCAAAGAUUUAGUUAAAUCUGAUGAUGCAUGGUCUGUGAUUUCACUACGGUACUUCAACCCUGUUGGAGCUCAUGAAUCUGGGAAGAUUGGAGAAGAUCCAAAGGGAAUUCCUAACAACAUCAUGCCUUACAUUGCACAAGUAGCUGUUGGUAGAAGAAAGGAUCUUAAGGUGUUUGGCAACGAUUACAACACGCCUGAUGGAACAGGGGUUCGGGACUAUGUUCAUAUUCAAGAUCUAGCUAUGGGACAUGUUGCAGCACUAACCAAGAUUCUGACUCCAAAUUUCUCUGGGUGGAAAGUAUACAAUUUGGGAACAGGUAGUGGUUUAUCAGUUCUGCAGCUGGUUAAGGCAUUUGAAGUGGCAUCAGGACAAAAAGUGCCUUACGAGAUAGUAGGGAGACGUCCUGGAGAUAUUGAUGCUUCUUAUGCAGAUGUCUCAUUGGCUAAGAAGGAACUUUGUUGGGAGGCCACAAAAGAUGUUCUUGAUAUGUGCAGAGAUACGUGGAAAUGGCAAUCAACGAAUCCAAAUGGAUAUCAAGUAUCCAAAUGAGAAGGCUGUCUGCAAUUUGCAAUUAAGGAAUAUAUUUGGAACAGUGACAUGAGUAAAAUUAACUGAAAUAACCAUCCAGUAAAUGGUGUAAACAUUAUAAGUGCCUGUCCUCAGUCUCUAUACCAAAGAAACAUACACAUAUAUGCCAGCAAUUUUAAGAUGUGUAAGACUAAAUUUUAGACUGCUAGAAACAUUGGUGGCAUGUGUGUCUUCAGUGGCUCAUACAAGUAAACCAACUUGUGGUUUCUUACCACAUAGUAGGCGAGUACUUCAAAACCAAGCUCAGGCUAUAAAGCCAAAGAUAACCAGUCUUGCCAAAUUAUUUAGUUUAAAACUGCAAUCUAGUACAAAGCUCUAAAAUGUUAUUUUAUGGUUAUAUUUAUUGUAGUGCAAAAUAAUGUUUCACAGUAUUGUAGUUUAUAUCUGUUAUAUGGAAGAGAUAUCUCUGUUUACUACAUAAUUUGACAUUAAUUACUUCACUGUUUCCCCACAAAGUUUAUUUGUGGGUUUAAUUUUAUUCUCAGUAGAGAAGGCAGUUGUUUCCGUAAACACCAUUGAACCUUGUAAUGAAGACAUUGUGCCUGUGUUCUUGGCAAGACCUAACUUUUGAAAUAUUCAGAUGAGCUUUGUCUGGUAUAGGGUUAACAAAGUUCUGUUGAAUAUGGUCCACCCCCUCUAUUAGCUUACUUACAUUGACAGGCUGUUAAUAUAAUAAUAUCAGUUCCUUAUCUUCAGUUCCUAGACUAAUUAUGUUCUGUUUGUUUGUGACUUUCCAGAUUCGGAAUGUUUACAGUGUAGCAUUAAAUGGUACGUUGAUGAUAGAGAUAGCUUUAUGGCAGCGGCUAAAUUAGAGUCUUUACAUUUAGCAUAGUUUUAUUAAGAUUAUAUUUUUUUUUUUGGGGUUAAUGUGUAUUAUAAGGGGAUGGGUAAUUUUAUUUAGAGAUGUCAUUGUGUUCAGUAAUAAAGACAUUACAAGACUGGAAGCUUAAGUAACUUUGGAAGGGUAUGACAUACAUACAGUUACCUGUAUGAGUGACUCUUGAUGGGAUCUUAGAUUGGAGAUUAGAUUUAUUGACAAAUUUAACACACAACUCGUAAUUACGCUUAAUUAUGGCACCAUCCCUAAUUUCCACACUAGAGUACAUGCUAAGUCUUUACCAGCUCACAGUGUCUUCACUAAUUGUUGCCUGGUAAUGGCUUCAACAUUGGCUAUUUCCCUGCUCCCAUGCUCAAGUCCUCUCUGAAUGGUAGGUCUCUUCCAACUGAACAAAGUGAAAGUCAGAGUUACUUUAUGACAAGCAGUUUACUGCCAAUCAGUUCAUCUUGAU